ACCACAUGGCAAGAGUGCACACUGCAUGGAUGAGACCUGUUUAUAAAGUACCUUGCUAACAGAAAAUCUAGUUAGCUUUUAGUUUGUAGCUAGUAACCAUACAAAAGCAAAAAUGUCUCAAUUACAAACAAGGUUCUUCACAGAAAAUAUAAAAUAUGCAAUAGAUGACGUCCCUUUCUCCAUACCAGCAGCCUCCGAGGUGCAAGAUCUCAGCAAUGUCAUCAACAAACUCCUGGAAGCAAAGAAUGCAUCCCAUAGCCAAGUCGAAUUUGACUUCCUGGUCCGCGGUCAGUUCUUGCGGACGUCUCUGUCCAUCCACAUGGACACGGAGGGCAUAUCCACGGAAGAGGUUGUGGAGAUAGAGUACGUGGAGAGAUUCACAGCACCUCAGCCUGAGGAGUGUAUGAUGCAUGAUGACUGGAUCAGUUCUGUGGAGGCAGACUCUGAAUGGUGAGUAAGGUAGU